GGGAGAACCAAGACUCCUCCCCUCCUCAUUACUCUCCUCCUGCAUCCUUCUCCCCCUCAUCCUCCUCACCAGCAGCCAAUCUGCUCUCUCUAAGUCAUUUUUCCUGCACACGGCUGCCUCUCGUCAUCCAAACAGCCUGCCUCUCCUCCGCUCCGGCUCUCCAGUGCCCACAGAGUCUAGUCCGCACCAGCAGGAGCAGCAGCAGAGAGACUACAGAGCUCACCCACCCAGAGGAGGACCAGGCAGAGGAGGACACCAGGGGCCCAGGAUGAGUGUUUUUUGUGUGCCUGCAGCCCCCUCACCGCUCAUGCUUCUUAUCUUGAUUCUGAGCAGCAGGAUGGGUGCUGUCCCUUCACCAUUCCAGCUGGCCCCAGACACCCCGGCCCCGGCAGAGCCCACCCCAACCCCCGCCACCCUCGUCCCCGACCCCUGUGAAGGCCGACCCUGUCUCAACGGGGGCUUGUGCUUGGUAGUGUCACCUGCUGGGACACCUCAAGACACCUGGGAGUACACUUGUACAUGCAGCCAUGGCUUCACUGGACGCAACUGUGAGUUUUUUACAGACCCUUGUGCCAGCAGCCCCUGUCUCCAUGGAAACUGUACCCGCAGCGACGGUGCAGAAGUGGGGGAUGUGGCCUACACCUGUGAAUGCAGUGAAGGCUACGAGGGUAAACGGUGUGAUCAUAUUCUCUUUGACCUACCACCUGCUGGAUGGGACCCGGCUACUCCCUCUACUCCUGAACUGGCUACUCCUGUCGCCUCCACGACCGCAUCUGCCACUCAGCCACCACAGACAACCACCGUCUCCUCCACCACAACACCAGCACCUCCCACCCUGCAGCCAUGGCAACCCAAACCUGGGCAGAGGUUGCUGGUGGUGCAGUGGGAGGCAGACAGGGUGAUUGAGGGGCUGCACUGUGUGAGCCCCGAGCUGUGUGAGCUCACAUCAGGAACUCUGACUCUGUCUCUGGAGGUCCCGGAAGAGACGGCUGUAAAGGUGGUGGUGGAUGCAAACGGGGCUCCAGUGCUGUGGCGUGUAAAUGAAGACGGUUUCCUUCAUUCCUCCAUUGUAAAUGGCACUACCCGGAGGUUCCUGCAGGCUGCCGAUGGACUGGUGGUGCCAGAUUACUCACUGCCUCUGGGACAGAACUACUUCCUGAGUGUGUUGCACGUGGGCGCCCCCACAGCCCCGGAGGUCACCCUACGACUGAACCUGACUGUGAAGGCCAGCAGCUGUGUGGAGCCUGGCAGCAGUUUCAGUGACCCUCAAUGCUCAGGGAAAGGCAAAUGUGUCACACAGCACUCUGAGAGCACUUUCUUCUGUCAGUGCGAUGACGGCUACUCUGGAAUCUUCUGUGAGGAAUUCGAUGCCUGUCACCACAGACCUUGCCGUAACAACGGCACCUGUACCGAUGUUAGACAGGGGAGUGAAGGCAGAAACUUCACAUGCACCUGCCCUACAGGUUAUGAAGGGGAGCGCUGCCAGCUGUGGGUGGACCAUUGCCUGUCACAGCCCUGCAAAAACAGAGCCACCUGCUUCAGCAGCCUGGCUGGGCCCAGAUGUUACUGUCCUGAAGGCUACCAGGGUGCUACGUGUGAGCAGAAGGUUGACCCGUGUGCCUCUAGUCCCUGUCACAACAAUGGGACCUGCUACGCUCAAGGUCCAGGGCCCCUGGGGUUCGGGUGUAGUUGUACAGCGGGCUUCACUGGGCCUACUUGUGCACAGCUGGUGGACUUCUGUGCUCUGAACCCGUGUGCCCAUGGAGUCUGCCGCAGUGUUGGCAACAGCUACAGGUGUUUGUGUGUCCCAGGCUAUCAUGGCUUGUACUGUGAGGAGGAGUACAACGAGUGUCUGUCUGCUCCCUGCCAGAACUACGCCACCUGUCGAGAUCUCAUCAAUGCCUAUGAAUGUGUGUGCACUCCACAAUUUGAAGGCAGACACUGUGAAAUCUACAAGGAUCCGUGUUUGAAGCUGCACUGUCACAAUGGAGGACACUGUGAGAGAGCUGGACGAAACGCUUCCUGUGUCUGCCCGCCUGGAUACCUGGGGGAGAAGUGUGACAUUGACAUCAAUGAGUGUGAGAGCAACCCUUGUCACCAUGGAGGCACCUGCACUGACCAAUCAAAUGGCUUUACUUGUCACUGUCAACCUGGGUGGGUGGGGCCAGGUUGCGAGAUCUACUUACAGUGGAAACCAGCGCACUCUGAUGACACCCUGACCAACAUGCCCCGCCACUCCCUCUACAUCAUUAUUGGAGCGUUGUGCGUGGCCUUCGUCCUCAUGCUCAUCAUCCUUAUUGUGGGAAUCUGCCGCAUCAGCCGCAUUGAGUACCAGGGUUCCUCACGUCACGCCUAUCAGGAGUUCUACAAUUGUCGCAGCAUUGACAGCGAGUUCAGUAACGCCAUUGCCUCAAUCCGUCAUGCCAGAUUUGGCAAGAAAUCCCGGCCCGCCAUGUAUGAUGCCACUCCCAUCACAUAUGAAGACUACAGUCCCGAUGACAAGCCUUUGGUUACCCUCAUCAAAACAAAGGAUUUGUAAAACAACCAAUCUUACAUAUCUUGUAUGCACACACACACACACACACACACACACACACACACACACACA